GCGGGAAAUCACGAAGAUCUGAGGCUCCUGGUAAGAGUUGGGUUACCACCAGGGUGCACGCUUCGCCAUGUGAAAAGCGAUUCAUUCAUCUGACGACAUCUUUUGAAUCCGCCGGAUCUUGCUGCAGGGCAAGAUGGUGAGCUGGGAAUCGGUGCACCCGGAGGCGUAUGGAGCUCCGGCAGGGAAGAGGGCAUCCGACGACUCCACCGUCAAUUCGGAUGAGACCAUCUUCGAAGAUGCAAAUCCUCCGCAAGACGAAGAGCAUCCCAUCUGCACCCAUCGACUCAUCGCCAUGGGCCACGAGCACGCCUACUCUAAGCUCUCGACCGAUGCUGCCACCUGGGACGACGAUCUGGACCCCAAGACAGUCAUCCCAUCUGAGAUGUCAUCACUGGCUGAUGAGGUGCCGGCGAAAUCGAAAGGAGGCGAGAAUGGCCUGUGGGGCAGGGCUGCGGGUCUUGUCUUCUGUGCCAUGGCGGCUGUGCUGAGAGCGGUGUCAUCUACGCUGGUGAAGGUGACUGCCGGCAAGACGAGCGUGUUGUAUGUGCUGCUGGCGAGGGGCGUGACGGAGAUGGUGUGUGGGAUUGUGUGCCUGGCGGUGCAAAUGGUGGUGGAGAGGAGGUGGAUAUCGCCACUCGGGCCGAAAGAGAUCAGGCACCUUCUUGUUGUCAGGUCAGCUGCUCUUCGUGCCAGUCACCAAUACAUUGGUCGCUCUGUGCGUUAGGAGUAUGUGGUGUGUUUGCUGGCUUGUGCAGGGCUGUGUGCGGGUCCUUGGCCAUCGGUUUCUUCUUCUUUUGCAUAUCACAGCUGCCCAUUGGUGACGCAUCAGCGGCAUCCUUCACGACCCCCAUAUUCACCGCUUUGGUGAGCGGACAGGGAGCCAGGGAGCGAUGAUACACUGAUGCACGCCUCCCGUCGUGUGUGGGGUAUAUCAGCUUGCCUCGUGUGUCCUGGGUGAGCCGUGGACGACCGUGUGCACUUUGGCGGCUAUGUGCUCUCUUGCCGGCGUCAUCUUCAUCGCUCAGCCAGAUGUCCUCUUCCACCACGGCAGCAUCCAGCCGCAUGAAAGCAUCGUCGGCUCGGCGACCCCUGUGGUCGCUUCCCGGGUGGUGGCCGUCCUACUGGCGCUGACUGGUGCACUGGCAGGUACGCUCAUGUGAGAGAAGAAGGAAAACCCGGCAAGGCACACAUGAGUGCCAAGUCUUUUCCCUUUUGUGUAGGUGGGACGGCAUACACGGCGACCCGGCGGAUCGGUCCGCGAGUGUCGGCGGUAGUGCUGGUCCUGUGGAUCAGCACCAUGAUAACACUCGCCAGCACCGGGCUCAUCGCCACACUGGCACCCAACGACAGCAUCUCCAGUAGCGGGGAUGACGGUUUCUCGUUGUAUGGAUGGCUUGCUGCCGUUGGUGUGAUUGGGUUUGGGGCCCACUGGUGCCUCAAUCGGGGGCUGCAGAUCGGCCAGGCCGGGCCGGGAGGUCAGCAAGAUGGCAGGAGGGAGACGAGGGAUUGUGUCUGUCAUGUCGUGGAUGGCAUUCUCGUGUGGGUUUGUUGGUGUCAUUCAGCUUUUUUGAUCAAUCUGGAUGUGGCCUUCGCCUACAUUUUGCAGGCAGGAAGACACACGCGUGUAUCCGGUGUGUGCCGGUGUAUUCACUGCUAUCUCUGUGUCUGUGUGUGUGUGCAGGUGUGUGUGUUGGGUCGUGCACUUGACCAAUGGAGUCUCUAUGGUGCCCUGCUGAUUGUGGCGGCGGCGUCGCUCAUGAUUGUGCAGAAGAUGUAUGCACACAAGGAGGGCGGGGAGGGAUAG